AUGGAGGAAUUUGAAGACGCAGAGGCUCCUCCUGCAGAGGAUCUGGUCCAGUGCCACAUUUGUCAAAUCUUUUUCCCUAAAGUCUUGGAGAAGCAUGCUAAAAUCUGUCAAAAGUCAGUAGUCAAAAGAAGGAAGACUUUUGACUCCAGUAGACAGAGAGCUGAGGGAACAGACAUCUCCGUACUCAAACCUAUCAAACCAAAGUCACACAGUUCAUCCACUGAGAAAGCAGAACCCCCUAAGAAGCCAUCCAAUUGGCGCAAGAAACAUGAGGACUUCAUAGCUACCAUCCGGGCUGCAAAGAACAUCACUCAGGCUAUGAAAGAUGGGGGGCCAUUACCCCCACCUCCUCCUCCUACUUAUGACCCAGACUAUGUUCAGUGCCCUUUCUGUGAGCGGCGGUUCAAUGAGAGCGCAGCUGACAGACACAUCAAGUUCUGCCAGGAGAAAGCCGCCCGUAUGCCAAACAAGGGCAAGUUAGGAGAUGCAAAGAAGCCUCCUGCACGCACAGAGUCCAAGCCUCCUGCUUUAGUAAAGAAGAUGAACUCUCCUGCUGUGUCGACCAUCCCUUCGGCCUCCUCUCGUUUACCCCAGAGAUCAGGCCUUGGCCAGCCCUCUGGAAUCCCAUCUAGUAGGACCACGUCUGCAGGUAUAGUGAGGAAUAACCCCUCUGGUUGCGCAACCCCUCCAUCAGGUGUGGGAGGUAAGACCAGAGGAGUGGGCUCUGGCUACGGUCCUGUGAGGAACUCGCCGUCUGGGACUGCACCCAACAAGAAGAAAGUAGACACAUACAUAUCAAGGAAUGAUGUCGAUGGCAGUAAUGACAUUGCAAACGGUGGGAUGAAGAGCAAGUUCUGUCAUGCUUGUGGGACCAGAUUUCCUGUUGAGUCUGCCAAAUUCUGCUGCGAGUGUGGUGUCAAGAGGAUGUGUCUUUGAAGGAGCUUAGGAAAAAGUAAAUCACAUGAACGCACCGGUACUCAAACUAGAAUCAGUUUCACCAAACCUAUGAUGAAUUGAAAAGUUCCUGUCGGUCUGUAUUUUCAUGCUUGACUCUAAUUUCGUAGCAGUAAAUUGAUCAUAUGAGGCUGUGAAUUUUCUUUCGUAAUCGCUGGUUAGUCAUGGAAUUUGCUGGUCAACACACUUAUCCCAUAAACUUGUACUUUAGGUGUGUACUAAAAAGUAUAACUUUUACGAUCUUUAAACUGUAACCACCCUACUCUGCACUAUAUUUUGCAUAUUGCUAAUAAGGAUUUUUGACUGUAUGCAGGUGGAAUUCUGACAUGAGCUUAUCAGGAAAAAAGUAACGUACGGGUCAGGUUCAUGAUAGUAUGUGAAAUGAUUGACACAUAAAGAACAAACACAGCUCAUUAGGUUUUAAUAAGCAUCCUUCCAAUUGUUGGAUACGCCCUCAACAAUGCACAUUUUGUCCAUCAGUGGACAAAAUGUACAAGAUUAACGACCUAAAGAAUCUGAAAUAUAUUUAAACAAUUUGAAGCCAGUAGUGCGUCUUUAGAAGAGGUUGGACAAGAGAUGAGUCAGAGUAGAAAAAAGCUAAGAUGUGGGUUCUAAAAUGUAAAAAAGAAGUAAAGACAAAGUGUUAAUGACUCUUUAGAGGUGAGUGUGAAUGCCCCUACAAUUCAAUUCCAGUCAACCCUGACCUGAAAGUCAGUUCCUUAGCCCCUGUUUCCUAUGCCUCCUCAGAAUACAGAGUAGACUCUUAAAGUGCAAUGUCAUUGACUACUGAAAAAAACUGAAAUUUUGGAAAGAUAUUGUAAUGUUUUGUCAGGGACAAGUCCAAUGAACAAGCUUUCAUAGCUCCCUCUUAGGUCACUUUCCAGACAAGGUUUGUUUCCAGUAAUCUCAUUACAAUCAUAAGCCUGACCUUUCCAGAUAUUUGUAGUAUUUAAUCCGACAGUUUUAGUCCUACUUUUUCUACUAUUUAUUUUCUUAUACACUUUCAUUUUUACUGAUGAACAAUGACUGCACCUUUUUUUUUUGUUGAUGAGUUGAAAUGUGUUUUUAUUUGGAUUUGAAUGAAACCUAAAUGCACCUGAAUGUGUUUGCAGUUGCUUUUCCUUGACAGUGUUUCUCUUAAGUCAGUAUUCAUUUCAUUUAGCUAGUCAAUAGUGAAUUAACACUAGUCAUUUUAAAUGCUCUGUACAGGUUUGGUUUAUUUCUCUGCUUGAUAUGACAAACAUCAUACAGUUGUUAGAUACACUAAGAGGGAAAAGCCUCUGCUCCAGGUGUGUAUUUAUCCUUCAUUAACCACAAAACUAUUCAGAGAUUAAUUAUUAUAAUCUUUGAUCCCUUUGGGAAGAAAAGGAAUUCAUUUCAAGUCACAAGAAGCAAGCUAAAUGUACGUAACAUGACAAGAUAUCAAAUGUGUGCUUACUUGUUGGUGACAGUUGUGAGGCAGGAUACGGUUGUGCAUUUAAUGCCAUAUAUAUUUGUUUUCAAUAAAUUUCUAAGAAGAAAAA